UUCAGUCGUAUGAGCACGGAUCGCGUGGGCAACUCGCGUUACGCACAAAUCCGCCCAUUAAACUAUAAUCAUCCAAUAAAAAUAAAUCCGUAACAAGGAACGGUGAAAAUAGCAGUCCUUGUAUCCUUUGACCACAGUCCGCGCGCGAAUUCGAACGCGCGUUCGAAUUUUGACGUUUCAUUUCUUUUUUUUUUAAACAGCCAAUUUGAAUUUCAUGACAGUUAAAAAGGUUGUGUAGUGAUAUUGACGUUUUGCGUUCAACCGUCACAGUGGAUCCGUUCGUAAAAAGAAAAAUGAAAAUUUUCAAAAAGAAGCUUCGUUUUUCGAUAGCGUCUAGCUACGUCUAAAUUUUGCUGCAUGCAGUGAAAUAUAACGGUAAAUUGUGAGAAACAUUUCACAUAUUAUCAACAGCGACAUUUAAGGAUUUUUAAGAAUAGGAAUUCAUCAACAUGUGUCAUAUAUUGGCAAAAAGUGUUUUGUUUUUGGCGUUAGCUGUUAGCAUAUAUGCAAAAGGAGUCGUCGUACAAUCACCUAUUGAAACAACGACAGAUAUUGUAAUAGAAACAACGUUAAAUGACCAAAUUGUAAAAGAUAGCGCAAGAAACACAGACACAAAAGAAAAUGAUACCAAACAAAUAACUGCUGAAGAAUCGCCCGACAUAAAAGUCCUUGACGAUAAUACGCCUAAGGUAUUAGAAAGUGCAUCUAAAGUUCUGUAUCCAAUCGUAUCUAAUGAGUCCUUUAAUGACCUCAAAUACCAAGUGAGGAGAAGGAAUACAUCAACAGUUGCAGCACCGAAAGUACAAUAUAAUGAACCAAAGAAAACUAUACCAACUGCCAGGCAUAUGGUGAAGAAGAAUGAAUUCAGAGCUCAUGUGCAAUACGAUGAAGUUACAGGAGAAUUGAUUAGUGGUGAACAUCCCUGUCUAAGAGAAUGCAAAGAAGGGGAGGAGCCAAUGAUAUGCUAUUACCAUUUUAACUUGGAAUGGUAUCAGACUAUGAGCAAAGCGUGUUAUGAUUGUCCGUACAAUGAAACAGAUUGUGAUAGAAUUGAUUGUAUACCAGCGGACGGUAUGAGCAGGCCGCUUACUGUGGUUAAUAGAAAAAUGCCCGGACCAGCUAUAGAGGUAUGUCAGCACGACCGCAUUAUAGUAGAUGUUGAGAACGAUCUAAUGACAGAAGGUACCACAGUACAUUGGCACGGUCAGCACCAAAGAGGUACACCUUACAUGGAUGGAACACCUUAUAUCACGCAAUGCCCGAUUAUGCCGGAAACUACUUUUAGGUACCAAUUCAACGCAUCAGAAGCGGGCACGCACUUCUGGCACUCGCACUCGGGCAUGCAGCGCGCGGACGGCGCGGCCGGCGCGUUCGUCAUCCGCAAGCCGAAGUCACAGGACCCACAUAGAGAUCUUUAUGAUUAUGAUAGAUCAGAUCACGUAAUGCUGAUCACAGAUUGGAUCCACGAGCUAUCUGUGGGCAUGUUCACGGACCACCACCACUCCCUCGGUGACAAUAAACCACCAACUCUGUUGAUCAAUGGUGUGGGCAGAUUCAGAUACUUUAACGAUACGAAUAAAGCGGCGAAACCUAUGUACAUGAAGACGGCUAGGUUUAAUGUUGAACAGGGCUACAAGUACCGUUUUCGUGUGAUCAAUGCGGAGUUCCUGAACUGUCCCAUAGAAAUGUCAGUUGAUGGCCACAAUAUCACCAUUCUUUCGUCUGAUGGUUAUGAUCUGGAGCCUAUUACUGCUACAUCCCUAGUGACUUACGCGGGUGAGCGCUUUGACUUCGUGGUUGAAGCCAACAAUGAAAUUGAUAAUUACUGGAUUCGAUUCCGCGGCCUCAUGGACUGUGAUGAGAGGUUCACAAAAGCGAAGCAAGUGGCAGUUCUACACUAUGAAGGCGCUAUGGAAGUGGAACCGGCCGGAGAUCCCACUUGGGAAGAAUUACAUAAUGAAGGACUUCAACUAAACGCACUAAACAAAGGAGAAGAAGACGAUGAAACUAUAAGCGUAGCUGAAAUGAAGUCUCUAAAGGGAUACGACGAUAGUCUGAAAGAAGUGGCCGAUUAUCAGUUUUACGUCGCGUACGACUUCUAUCCUAAGAACAAUUCGCAUUUUCAUAGAUCACCUUAUUAUGGGUAUUAUCAAGUUCCCGAACCAGACAACCGUCUAUACACACCACAACUAAACCACAUCAGUAUGAAAAUGCCGUCCAGUCCCUUACUAGUAUCACGACCAUCCUCCGAUAACUUUUGUAAUUCCUCAAGUAUAGCGGAAUCUUGCAAAGAAGGCUUCUGUGAGUGUUCCCACGUACUUUCAGUAAAACGUAACGCAGUCGUAGAAGUUAUUAUCGUAGACGAAGGAGUAACUUUCGAUGCAAAUCACCCUUUUCACUUACACGGACAUUAUUUUAGAGUAGUCGGUAUGAGACGAUUAGCUAGCGAAAUAACAGUAGAUGAAAUCAAAGCGUAUGAUGCAGCGGGACUCAUGAAACGUAAUUUAAAAAAUGCGCCGUUAAAAGAUACAGUUACUGUACCAGAUGGAGGUUAUACGAUAAUAAGGUUUAAAGCAGAUAAUCCUGGAUAUUGGCUAUUCCAUUGUCACAUAGAAUUUCACGUAGAAGUCGGUAUGGCGCUAGUUUUUAAAGUCGGUGAAGAAAAAGAUUUCGUACCAGUGCCUAGAGAUUUUCCAACCUGUGGUAGCUAUAUGCCAGAUAAUAUGCUAGAACAUGAAACUACACCUAAACCUAGCGAUAAUCAAUAUAUUUCUAUUACACAUUGGUGGCCAGUUGUGUAUCUUAAUAAUACUAAUUCUUCUGCCGUUCAAAUCACAUCUCCUGCUUUUGUAGUAUUAUAUAUCUGGCUAAUUAGAAUUCUCAUAACGUAAUUGUUAAAAUUGGUCUAUUUGUAAGGUUUGAAAUGUAAAUUGUGUGUCGUUUUCACUCCUUUGUCAGUGGAACGAAUUUGUACUUAUCAGUAAUGUGCUAUGUUAAUUUAUUAUAAAUAACUUUUAUACCACAACCAGUUUUAUUUAUUGGACAGUACUUAGGUUCGUGUUUGUGUAUUUAUUCCGUUUUUGGUAUUUCAAUAUUGAAUGUCGAAAUAUUAUCGUGUGCUGUAUCGAUGUCGGCUUCUGUAAAUAUUCCUCCGUCUGUGAUCUUUCCAAGUGCCUUGCCAAAAAUAUGAGACAUUUUGAAAAAAUGUUAUAUUUGUAUGAUUAUGGAUGUCGCUGAUGAUAUGUGAUAUUAUUUAGUUUUAAGCUAGUUUUAAGAUUGUCUUGUAUUAAAGAUGUAUUAAUAAGUUCCAAAUAUGAUUAACUGUGAAUUAAAUAUGUUUGUAGCAUGGAA